AUGCGUGCCUGGGCAGCGGUGGCCAGCACCCUCGUCUUCAUAGGGAUGGAUGUGACGUUGACCACCCUGUUGUAUGAAUACAACCGCCACAACAGGACUAUCCUUCAGGAUCUCAAGCACUUCAACAUCUUUGACUCCAUGCUGGAUAUUUGGGGGUCUUGCUUGUAUCGCAGCUGCCUGCUCUUGGGGGCUUCCAUCGGGGUGGCCAAAAACACCAGUUACGGUCCCAAGCGGUUGAAAGGAUCCCGGAUCUUUAUCAUCGUGGUCUGUUUGGCGAUUGGGAUUUACGCCCUGGUCAAGUUGCUUCUUUAUUCUGAAGUGAGGAAGACCAUCAAGGAUCCUUGGUUUUGGGGUUUAUUCGCCUGGACUUACAUCUCACUGGUGGCCACUUUCUCCUUCUGGCAACUGCUCUCCACUGUGACCCCUGCCAGGGAUACUUUGGGGAUCAAUUCGGAAUCCAGGGCCGAAGCAGAAGACAUUGGAGACCCCAGUUCUCGUGGGGUUCGGGGAAAGAAAGAGGAGGCCUCAGCUGCCACCAUUUGUAAACUCCUGUCCUACACCAGGCCAGAUGUCCAUUUCCUUGUGGUGGCCUUUUUCUUCCUCUUGCUAGCUGCUUUAGGGGAAACGUUCCUGCCAUACUACACUGGCCAAGCCAUUGAUGGGAUAGUCAUCCAGAAGUCCAUGGACCAGUUUUCCAAGGCAGUGGUGAUCAUGGCCCUUCUAGCCAUUGGAAGCUCAUUUACCGCAGGUAUCCGAGGCGGCCUCUUCACCCUGGUCUUCGCCAGACUGAAUAUCCGGCUCCGUAACAGGCUGUUCCGGUCGUUAGUGGUGCAGGAAAUGAGUUUCUUUGACGAAAAUCUCACCGGCGACAUCAUUUCCCGACUGACAUCGGACACGACCAUUGUGAGCGAUCUCGUCUCCCAAAACAUCAACAUCUUCCUGCGCAACCUGGUCAAAGCCACCGGAGUCAUUAUUUUCAUGUUUAGUCUCUCGUGGCAGCUGUCCUUGGUGACCUUCAUGGGCUUCCCUAUAAUCAUGCUGAUGUCAGACGUUUACGGGAAGUAUUAUAAGAAGCUCUCUAAGGAAGUCCAGAAUGCUUUGGCCAAGGCGAACAACACUGCCGAAGAGACCAUCUCUGCUAUGAGGACAGUUCGCAGCUUUGCCAACGAGGAGACCGAGGCAGACGUCUACUCGGAGAAAUUGCAACAAGUCUACCAACUCAACAAAAAGGAGGCUAUGGCUUACACUUACUACGUGUGGUCCAAUGGACUCACCCUGCUCAUCGUUCAAGUGAGCAUCUUAUAUUAUGGAGGCCACCUGGUGAUCACUGAACAAAUGACAAGCGGCAACUUGAUAUCCUUCAUCAUUUAUGAAUUCGUCUUGGGAGACUGCAUGGAGUCCAUUGGUUCAGUUUACAGUGGCCUCAUGCAGGGUGUGGGAGCUGCUGAAAAGGUAUUUGAGUUCAUAGACCGCCAGCCCACGAUGUUGAACGAUGGGACGUUGGCUCCUAGCCAACUGGAAGGGAAAUUGGAAUUCAAGAAUGUCACUUUUGCUUACCGCACACGCCCUUCAUCCCAAGUCUUACAGGAUGUCUCCUUCACUCUCCAUCCUGGGAAGGUGACAGCAUUGGUGGGUCCUUCAGGCAGCGGGAAGAGUUCCUGCGUCAACAUCAUAGAGAACCUCUACCCUCUUCAAGAGGGCCAGGUUCUUCUGGACGGGCAACCUAUCGAUAUGUAUCAACACAAGUAUCUUCACUCGGUGAUCUCCCUGGUGAGCCAAGAGCCAAUCCUGUUUGCCCGAUCCAUCGCAAAAAAUAUCUCUUACGGUUUGGAUUCAGGCCCGUACGAAUUAGUCGUUCAAGCUGCCCAAAAUGCCAACGCCCACACCUUUAUUAUGGAGUUGCAAGACGGCUAUCACACAGAAGCUGGUGAGAAGGGAACCCAACUUUCCGGCGGUCAAAAGCAGAGAGUGGCUAUUGCUAGAGCUUUAAUCAGGAACCCACCGAUCCUGAUUUUGGACGAAGCUACGAGUGCUUUAGAUGCAGAGAGUGAAAAUCUUUCUUCUUCUUGGCAGAUUCAGGAAGCUAUUUAUGGACAUGUGCAGAAUCACACGGUCCUGGUCAUCGCCCAUCGGCUGAGCACUGUGGAAAAGGCACACCACAUCAUUGUUCUCGACAAGGGCCGUGUGGUACAGCAAGGGACACAUAAGCAGCUGAUGGAAGAAGGCGGCCUUUAUUGCAAGCUGGUGCAAAGACAGAUUCUUGGCCGUGAAACAGGCACGGGGGACAGCUGUCCAGUGGAUGGCGGCUUGGCUAACAUCCAGAGAGGUUCUCCCAAGACAGGGUUGGCAGAAGAGGUAAAGAAGGGACCCCACAUCUGCUGAACUUAGAGAUGCUCAACUGGACCGCCCGGCUGUCAACUGAUCCCAGAAUCGAAUGUUAACGAGGGUUCUCAUCAAACCCCAGAUGGGAGAGUUAUCUUUCAUAGGGCUUCCUGGUCUUCCUUAUCUGAGGUGGCUAAUUAGAGAUAGCUGUAGAAGAGAGAGAAAACCAGAUGCGAUUCUCUUAAUGGGAUGUGUCUUCUUCUUCCCACGGAUACCUCUUGCAAACUUUGCUCUUGCCUAUAAGUGGGCAUGGUUUUUAGGGGCAUGUGCCGUAUGGAAGAAUAAGGAUCUUUGACGGAUCUCCACAAAGCAUCAGUACCACGAUGGGCCAGGAUGGAAACAACGUGCUUGGGAUUGGCAUUGAAGCCAACCGGUUGACUUUGGGAUCACUCUUGGUGCCUACAGAUGUGCUUUGCGCUUCCGCGAAAGUCGAACUGGACCGCCAGAUCAAACGCUCUUUCCACAGGGGGAGCUUGGCUCAUCUGGAAUGUAGAACAUCUGGAUGUGUACACGUUGUCGUCCAGGUCAAUGGUCCUCCGUCGAAGUGUGGUACUCUACACCCUGGGAUAGUCACAAGCUGCGUUAUGCAUGAAGGUUUUCUUAACAAAACCAGCGCUGUUUCAGUUGGGGAGGGGUUUAUUUCCGAUUGCUCUCAGAGGUAGCGGUAGCAGCAUCCCCGAUGGUAUUGCAAUAACAUUUCCAGCCAUAACAACAGAGAGAAGGAGAGGAUGGCAUCUGUGGUCUGCAGUGCAUACCUGGAUGGCAAUAAAGGUGGAGAGAGAGCCUCGGUUAGGGGAAAUGGGCAGUUUUAUUGCAGUUUACAUUUUUAUUGCUGGUAUGCACAGUUGCGCAUCACCUGGGUGGGGCACCUGAAUAUCCCAACUAGCAAGUCGGCUCUGUUUGCAAAUUAUUUAUUUCUCUAGAACAAAGGUUUUUGUUUUUCUCCUCCUCCUUUUUUUAUGCCUAAAAUCAGUUUUAAAAUAGGCCCAUUCCGCCAGGAAACAUUUCCUGCCCAAUUUUAUGUUCGGAUAUAGAUUCCGCUAAACGUUGCAAAUAUUGAGGGUUACAGUUAUUUUGUUGAGUUAAUUAGUUCAUCAUUAAGCACCAGUUCUCCGAAUUAUUUUGAUGGGUUUUGUUGUGUUUAAACAAAGAAAAGGGGUGGGGGUGGGGGAAAACCUUUCCAAAUCUAGCUGUGUAAUCUGACCUGUUCUGAUCUAUGACUUUUGCAGCUGGAUAAAUAUUAAGAGUUCUCAGCCAACUAUGUGCUUUAAAAACAAAACAAAACUGUGAAUUGAGAUUGAACAAUUACCCACAAACCCUUAA